AUGAUCUAUCAGUUCUCUACCAUUGUAGACCCAAAGACAUACGACAAUGAAGGGCUAUCAAAGGGCAUUGACUUACGAAAGAACAACUUUACGCACUUCGAGGAUCGAGGUGCUAUCCGCGCGCAGCAUGAUUGGGCCAGAUAUGUUGCGCCUAUCAAGCAGUUCAAAGGCACUCUAGGUCACGAUUUCAGCUUCAUGACAGUCUGCGUGCCCGAAUGUAUACCAGAACGCCUGGAAAUCAUUUCAUAUGCGAAUGAAUUCGCGUUCUUGUAUGAUGAUGCUACUGAGCUGGAAACUGAAGACAAUAUGAAUUCCGAGAACGAUAAGAUGAUGCAAGGCUUCCUAACGGACGCUCUGAGCUCGAGGCCGCCGAAAGACCUCGACAGCAGUGGAAAGAUGCGAAUACUCACACAGAUGGUAUCUGAGAUGAUGGCAAUUGACAAGAAGUGCGCGGUUGUAACCAUGAGGGCGUGGUCCGAGUUCCUCAGAGUCGGUUCAAGUCGUCAGCAUGGCACAAUCUUUACACGACUAGAAGACUACCUACCCUAUCGUGUCAAGGACGUGGGCGAGAUGUUCUGGUAUGGCGUUGUGACCUUCGGUAUGGCCCUUCACAUCCCGGACCACGAAAUGGAAGCUUGCCACAGGCUGAUGGAGCCCGCCUGGGUUGCUGUGGGACUAGCCAACGACGUCUUCUCAUGGCCCAAGGAGCGGGAUGCGAACCAAAAGUCUGGGCGUAGUCAUAUCAUCAAUGCCGUCUGGAUUCUCAUGCAAGAGAAAGGACUGUCCGAGGAGCAGGCUGGCCAAUACUGCCGGGAACUGGCAGCUCAGUACGUUGCCCGAUACGUCGAAAAUGUUCAGAGGGUCAAGGACGACGAGUCGCUAUCCGCAGAUCUACGCACUUACAUUGAAGCCAUGCAAUACAGCAUUUCAGGCAACGUCAUUUGGAGCAAAUCCUGCCCGAGAUACAACCCCGGGCAGCAUUUCAACCAGACUCAAGUGGAUUGGAUGCUGAAUGGCGUUCCCGAUCCCACCGGAUUUGACAGCUCCAGCAGUUCUUACGACUCAACAAGCACGAACGGAUCGCCGAAGCCUGAGUCUGAAACCACGGUUGAAUCCAGAUCCCAGGAAGGAGGGACCGAUGACAUCUCAGGCAUAAUGUCCUCUCUCCUCGACUGCUCACUUCCCCCAUUGUCUCAUGAAGUAAGACUCUCUUCUACAUUUGGUGCGCCAUGGGAAUACAUAGACUCGCUUCCCUCCAAGGGUGCCCGAGACAUGUUUCUGGAUGGUAUCAAUCACUGGCUAGACGUGGGUAGAGAAACAUCUUCUCAAGUGAAGAAAGUCGUGCGCAUGCUGCAUAAUGCGUCACUGAUGUUUGACGACGUUCAGGACGGCUCUCCAUUGCGCCGGAGCAAACCUGCCACUCAUCGCGUCUUUGGAAUCGCUCAAACGAUCAAUUCGGCCUCAUUCCUCGUAAACGAAUCUAUCAAGGAGACACGUCGGUUCGCAGGCGAUCGAGGGGUCGAUAUAGUGUUAGAACAGUUGACCAGUCUUUUCGUUGGUCAAGCUCAGGACCUCCACUCAUCUCGAAAUCUCUCUUGCCCGUCAUUGACUGAAUACAUCCAGACGAUUGACCAGAAGACUGGCGCUCUCUUCAUACUGGCCGCGAAACUUAUGUGUCUUUUCUCAACAACGGAUAAAGCGACGGAGAGGUCACUAUUGCGCUUCUGUCUUCUCCUCGGUCGUUUCUUCCAGAUCCGCGACGACUUCCAAAAUAUCACGUCGCAUGAAUACACCAAACAAAAGGGAUUCUGUGAAGAUCUGGAUUGCGGAACGUACACAAUUCCCUUGAUCUAUACGAUUGCACAAGAACCACACAACAUUCUGCUCCAGAAUCUGCUGUCUACGAGACUGGCCGAUGGAGCCCUCGAUGACGCUCAGAAAAGUCUGAUUCUAGAACAAAUGGAGCUGAAGGAAACCAAUAAAUAUCUGAAAAAGAUCCUGUCUUUGUUGCAUAACGAACUGAUGGCGGAACUGCAGUUUCUAUCGGACUUAUUUGCGUCGGAAAACCUUUACAUAAAGCUGAUGCUACUCAAGUUGGGGGUGUGA